AUGGCCGUAGACAAGAAUAAGCUAGAAGAUGAAGCGAGUAUUCAUCGCUUCUACAAAAUAGUUCUCAGCUGGGACUAUCUUCGCCUUCUCAAUGAAUCUGGCAAAAAUAAGAAGAAGAUUGGGGAUGGAAGUGUUCUGGGUCUGACUCAAGUAAAAAAUACAUACAAAGAUGUUGAUGACUAUACUGCAACCUUUGAGCCACUACUUUUUGAAGAAGUUAAGGCUCAGAUACUUCAAGGAAGAGACGAGGAAGAGGAAACAGAAUGGACCACCUGUAUUGUAUUAGAAUGCUCCGAAGAUGAUUGUUUUCACUUAGCUAUGGUCUUUUGUGAUCACGGGGCAUCAAUAUCGCAGAAUGAUCUGCUAUUGAUUUCAACAAAGAAGUUUGGAGAGGCCAAAGAACUUCCAACUACAUAUGCGUUUGCAUUGGUUGAGCAUCGUCAAGGAGACAAAAUCAGACUUAGAAUGAAUUUAAGUGGAGAGGUCAACCAAUUAAAUACAACUCAGGUCGAAACAUGCCCGAGGCUGUUGAAUAUGUGUUCUGUUGUUGGUCAAGUCAAUAAACCCUUGCACAUUCUGAAGAAGGUGUACGGUGUAUGGUGUUAUUUACAUCGCUACAGCAUUAGUGGCAAAAACAUGCCCUUGCUCAGUUUAGCUGGAAUUUCUGUUGGAAAUAAGAACUAUGCGAGAAGGAUUUGCAGCCUAUCAAGCAUUGCGCGUGAAUACGUUGCUCUGCGGUCAGUUAGUUCCCUCCCUUUUAGAGAUUUGAUAUUAACAGCUGCUGAAAGCAACUAUAGCACUGAAGAUCGUGCCUGGAAAAUAUCUAAACCCCUAAUGGAGUUUAUAAGAGGCAAUCACAAUCCAUCUCAACUGGAGGCAAUACAUCCCGUGGCCAGAAUUCAGUUGUUGUUAACUGUGGGUUACCACAGAUUUUAUGGCACAUAUCAGGCGGGCCUUUCUCGUAAAACCUUUGUCCUGAUACAGGGCCCCCCAGGAACAGGAAAAACGCAAACUAUCCUUGGGCUCCUUAGUGCCAUUCUGCAUGCAACUCCUGCAAGAGUACACUCUGACAAGGGGAAAAUGUGUGGAAUAAAACGUGAGCCAGAAUUACCCAUUCAUGAAAAGUAUGUUUUGGUGCUUUUCUUUUUCUUUAUCAAUAUUGCUUUGGAUUCUUUUCUCUUCAUUGAGGAUGACCUAAAUGGCUUCUUCUGUUGUGUAGGAACUCCUUUCAUUCAUGCUUUUUCUCUUUUUCCUUAUAUAUUCUGUAUUGCAAUUGUUUCUAGGUUUGGUUGUAAGUGGGGUUUGGACUUUGGAAUAAUGCAACAUCUUGUUGAUUUAACGAGGGCUUGGUUAUGGAAGGUUUCUAAAGUUGGGAUUUUACUUGGUCGAAGGAAGGUUCUAGAGAUCAUGUAUGAGCAGAGGCUAGUAAUUGCUUAA